AUGUCACACUUUGGAAACACAUCGGAAAAUCAGCUUUUAUCACGAUGUCGUGACUAUAUCAUGAAAUUAUCUCAAUCACUGUUUAUAGAGAUCGCUCGAGUUGUCGCGGCCAUGUCAGCACAAGUCCACGUCGACGAUGCCGCUGCAGAAGAAGAACGUGGCGAAAAAGUGGUUCUCACCGAGAUGAUUUUGGUGCCUGUUGAUCGUUACCCUAGAUAUAAUUUCGUCGGUCGUAUACUGGGCCCUCGUGGUAUGACAGCAAAGCAACUCGAGGAAGACACUGGAUGCAAGAUUAUGGUGCGCGGUCGUGGGUCUAGUCGCAUGGUCAGUUCGUCUCCCUCCUGUUCGCUGUUCUUGUUCAGAACUUUAUUGGCUAAUCCUGGAUGUCAGCACAUUCAGAGCGGUACGAGGCGUGAACGCAGCAAUGACACGGAGCCUCUUCAUGUGCUCAUUCAGUGCGAAGACUACGAGAAGAAGGCGCAUCAGAAGAUGAGGAAUGCGGUUGAAGCAAUCAAUCAGCUUCUGCACCCUCCACCGGAGGGGAAGGAUGAACUGAAGCGUAAGCAACUCAUUGAACUCUCCAUCAUCAACGGAACUUAUCGCCCUACCUCUGCCACAAAAGUCGCUCUGCAGGCUCCUCGUCCAGCAUCAGCUGCUCAUCUUCCAUCCAUGAUAGAAAACUCAACCUAUUCGGAGCAAGCUCGUGUGCUAAUCUCGUUUGCUGAAGCUGGCCUAAGCACGGCAAAAAAGAAGUAUGUUGAAGCAAUUCAUAAAUCUGAGCCUUUGUUUCAAAAGCAUUCAUCAGCGUAUAACCCAAACCCUGCGAUGAGAUACUCUGAACAGUAUGCAGCACUGGCUCAGAUGCUUGGCUCUCUUAAUCCUGUACAAGCAAACAACGUGAACUGCAACUACUACGAUUACUACAAAAAUCUUCUCUCGUGCACACUAGCCGAUCCAGGAUUCCUAUCCACACUGAUGCAAUCUCUAGAUCUUUAUGGUAUGGGUAAUCGUCCAGGAAUGCAUCCCAAUGCUCAGCAUCACCAUCACAUGUUAGGCCAAUCAGUGUCCCCUUCUGGCCAGAUUCCUCAAGCCAAUCUUCACCAAUAUCUCACAGCAGCUGCGAUGCUCAACUCUGCUCCGUUCUCAAACGAUGGUUCAGGAGAUGGGCCAAAAAACAAAAUUCGCAACUCCGCCUAG